CAAAAAUAUAUGUAGAUGUGAAACUAAAACAUUGUCAUCUAGGAUAGUUUUUUCCUAAUGGCUUUCUCGUGCAUAUCCCUGCUUUUAAUUUGAAUAUCUAAUACCUUGAUAUUUCAUCAGACAUCAUUUUCUAUCAGCAGAGAUAUUUCCUCAUAUUGACUUGUUGAGAGAUAUACAUUUCUGGUAGUGAUGACUAGUUUGAUCUCCUCUAGUCAUUUUGGGGUGUUCUUCUCUUUGAUUGUUUGGAGAAGUGACUACAGUCACGUAGUGGCAAUUGGAUUUGAUCACUUUGUGUUGGCUUUCCGAUGGCCGGUGACGUUUUGUGAAAAUAAUGCGUGUGCAAAAUUACCACCCGAUUUUUGGACCAUCCAUGGGCUUUGGCCUUCGAAAUUUAAUGGGAACCGAGUAGCCUAUUGUUCAAACAUUACAUUUAAUGAAAAUAAUAUUCCACAGAAAACUCUAGAACCUAUGAAUAAGAUAUACCCAAAUCUCUAUGACACACAAAGCAACGUAAAUUUUUGGUCACAGCAAUGGCGGAAGCAUGGCACAUGCGCUAAUGUUACAGGAACAAGGAACGUAUCAGAAUACUUCACAAAAGUUAUCAACCUGGCCAGCAUGUACAAUAUUGACCAAAUUCUCACAGACUAUAAUAUAACGAAAGGAAAUACUUUUAAAAUAAAAGUUAUAGAAGACGGGAUAAAAUUUAAAACAAACCACCUACCUUCCAUACAAACUACGGCAGGGCAGAAGCCAUGCUGGUUAUUUGAAAUCCGAUUAUGUUUCAAUACAACGUUCAACCAAAUUGAUUGUAGAAAGAAAAAGUCACCAUGUACCCGCGGUGUUUUAUACCCACGACAGACUCAGGUGAAAGAGACGAGUGCACAUUACAGGUCAUCAGAAGUCUGGGCAACAUCCCUGUUCUCUUUUGUUUCCUUUCUCUCCAUUUUAAAUGGAAUCAUUGGACAACUCUGA